UUCCGCCUGAUUCCGAUGGUAAAGCUAAUCUAGGUUAGCGGCCGCCUUGUAGUAACAGAGAGAUUUAACAAAGAGAGGACACCUCUGUGUGAAGUCUCUCUACUUUAAUGUCUCUGCAGAGUUUUUCUGAUACUUGGACCCUUAACAUCCAUUUUUUUAAAAAGUCUUAAUUUACACUGUGUUUGCAGUGUAUAAAUCUGGGCUAUUUGCUCAUUUUCUUUCUUUUUUUUAAACAAUUUAUUGAUUAACAUUUUUUCAAAAACGGUUUAAAACUUCCAUAACAAGAAUAGAACUACAAAUUUCAGCCAAACCUUCUCAGAGCAAACCCCACAGGCCAACUCUUAACUACAUCCCUAAAAAAAAAAAAAAUAAUAUAUAAAAGAAAAUAUAAAUGUAAAUUAUUAAAAGGAUCUAAUAAAUUAAUAAUAAUAAUAACAAUAUUAAUAGUUCAAAUAAUACAUAAACAAAUUAGUUAAAUACCAAAACAAAUAAAUAAAAAUGAUAGUAAAAUACAUGCAGCAAAGGUAAAGACAUUGACUCUCUAUGUUAAAAUUAACAUAGUCUGUUUAUCAGCAGUUGUCAUAAUGAAACUUUGAUUUUAUUUUUACAGAGAGAGAAGACAGCUCUCCAAACUCCAGAGCAUGUUGAUCUUAUUUUAUAUUAACGUUUGUUUAAUGACUUUUUCUUUAAUUCAACAAUAAACAUUUUCUGUGUCUGACUUUAAUUUUCACUUUAAAGUUAAAAAAUGAGAAUAACAAUAAUUUUGUUCUUGUUUUAUAAUCUUAAUAUCUGGCAGAUCCAAACAGUCGUCUCAGACGCAGGGAGAUUUUCUACUUUACAGCUGCAGGCUCCGCCUUCGGAGGAGUAGAGAGGAUGAUCGCGCAACAAGCGUGUGCGUCGAAUAAAAAACACAAUUUCACUGAACAAUGUAAGAAACAUAUUUGCAAAAUAACAGCCGAUUAAACUGACGCUUUCUUGUUUUAUGUGAUUUUCACUCCUGGACCUCAGCACACAGCGUCUCCACAGAAGUCCAAGUCGGCAGUUCUGAUGAAUAUUUUGGGUGAUAACAAUUAAACCUGGUUUUUUUAACGUUACAAGAGCAUUAAAAUCUUUGAAUUUAGAAUUACAAAAACUAAUUAUGAUAAUAAAUAAAAUUAAAUAAAUUUAUAUGAAAUAUUUAUUAUUAUUUUCCAAAUCCACAGGGAAGAAAGAGCCGGGGGUUGCCGACCACUGACCUACUCUGUCCAGCAGGGGUGCAGAGAGGGUUUUGGGUCAGUCCUGGUUCUGGAUCAGUCCUGGUUUUGGAUCUGCUGGGCUCUCCGGCUCUGCAAACACCCCUCCUUCUCUUUUCAUCUGAUCCACAUUUUGUUUAUUCAUAAUAUUUUGAUUCCAAGAGUGUGAAAUGUGUGACAACAAGCCCCGGUCUCCCCUAUUGUGUGAAUCAGUUUCAUCCAUAACAGAGACGCAGGAGAUGGCCCCGCCCCCUGGAGACAGUCAGCCAAUCGCAGUGCCCCGUGGAUUAUCCUGUUGUUAUAAAGGCUGGGGAUGGAGCUGCAGUUGGAGUGAAAGUAAAAAGAGAUCAGAGGAGAGAGAGAGAGAGAGAGAGAGAGAGCUUCAACAAGUGUUCAUCAGGAGAAAAGAAGACGAGCUGAAGAAGAAGAAGAAGAAGUGAUGGAUCACUCCAAACAGACUCAGUACACCUCCAAAGAGAAGACAGACUCCGGGGACAGCAGCUCCGUCCCGAACGGACACUUUGACGGGCUGGUGAAGCGGCCGGUCGGCGGCUCCGCGCGCACCCCGACCCCCCAACCUCCGGGCGCGGAGUGCGGCUCCCACCGGCCGGCCAGCAGCAUGAUGGAGAGCUGGAGGGAGGAGCGCACCAGGAGCGUGGAGGACAACGAGAUGAGCCUGCCCUCCCUGGCUGCAGCCUACACCACCAUCCUCCGGGGGCUCGGGGAGGACCCUCAACGGCAGGGGCUCCUCAAGACCCCCUGGAGAGCCGCCACCGCCAUGCAGUUCUUCACCAAGGGUUACCAGGAGAAAAUCAUCGGUGAGUUUUUAAUCCAUAAAUCCGCUCAGAGGGGCUGAGGAUUUGGACUGAGGUUCAACAGGUGUCACUGAGACUGUCAACACAAGUCCCCAAAUUCACCAUCAGGACAACAGACAGAGAGAACAGACUGAGAGGACAGACAGUACACAGGUCUGUGUGUGUAAAUGACUUAAAAUGAGACUAUUGACCGAUUAGAAAGAUGUACAAAGACCUAAUAAAGUAAAUUUACUGCAGAUAAAUUCAUAUAAACAUAGAUAUAAAAGUAAAUUUAUUUAUUGACAUUGAGCUAUUUGUUAAAAACGUCAGAACCUAACCUUCCUUUAUUAAAAACAACAACUAACCAUGAAACAAAAGUUUCAGGUAAUAGGGGAGACCGGGGUAAGAUGAGCCCCCCUCCUGUGUUUGGAAAUGGUCAAAGAAAUUGAUCAUGUGACCAAAUAUUUAGGAGAUGGUCAUCAAUUCAUAGAGUGUGUGAAGGUUUGAAGCACAUGGGUGAAGAAGAGGUUAGACAUUUAUUUAAAGAAAUAAAAACAUUUUUCUUCCCUCUGUGAAGUGAAUUUAGUCUUUAGUCAUCAGUUUGAUUAGAAUUGAGUUCAGACUAAAAAAAGAUCAUUUUAUCCCUUUAACCCUCUGUAGUCUGGGGUAUAAUCGGCUGUUUUUAACUACUCCUGGUUUUAUAUUUCCACUUAAAAACUGUUUACCUCGUCUUGUUCUGUAUCAUUUUUUUCAGCACAACCUCACUGUGAAUUUAGUUAUUUUAUCAUUUUGACAAACUGUAUUAAUGCCCGACUCCACAAAUGAAAUGUUUAUUUUAUUUACUGCUGAAAACCAAAAAAAAUCAAAAUGUCCUUAAAAUUUAACAAAUAUAUUUAUUGAUCUGGUUUGAUACAUUAGAUGUUUUUGGAAACUGAUAAACUAAAAGAGGACAUUUUUAUCAUUUAUCAGACUGUAUUCAGGAGUUAUUUUACUAAUUUGUUGAUCAUAUUGAUUUGAUAGAAGUAUCAUAAAAAGGCAUUAAAGGGUUAAAUUAGUUUUAUCCAUCAGUUGUGGUCUCUAUGAGCUCCAACAUGAGGUCAGAAACCUAACAGUCCACCAUUUUAUCUUAGAGGACUAAUAAAGUCCUCAUAGUAGUUCAGGGGGAACAGAGACAGUAAAGGAGUCUGAGGAGAGGAUCAGAGUUUACCUUCAGACUGUUGAAACUGUUUCUUUUCAUAAAUACAGAUCUGUGAAUGUUCUUACCCCAAACAUACACAGGAGACUCCUUUUUUGUUGUCCUGCUGUAUUAUAAAUAUGACAGUUCUGUUUACACUCAUUCUGAUGAACAACAUCCUGAAAUAUCUGCAGAGACACGAGUUACAGACUAAACUUGGACUGACUUGAUGGACUGAAAUAUGAAACUCUCACUCUCCCCUAAACAUAAAUAUUCAGAUAAAUGAAAUGAAAUCUAAAAGCACAAAAUCGCCAAAGUAAAUAUAUUUAUUGACACUGAGCUAUUUGUUAACAUCCUAACCAACCUUUAUUUAAACUAACUAAACAAGUUUCAGGUUUACUUGUUCGUCACCAUCAGUCAUGAAAUUAUCACUCUAAAAUAUGACGUAUGUUGAACCAUAAUUAAACACCAGUCAUUACGCUCUGAGAAAACUAAAAACUAUAAUAUGAGAAAUUAGCGUUUUAAAGAAGAUUGUGGUCAGCUGGAGCAGAAGUGAACUGUUCGUGUUUUAAAGUUAAACAAACACAUUAUCAAGUUUUAAAAAUGGACCCGCGGAAAGUUCUAAACAGAACCUCCUGCGUUCGGGUUCAGGUUGUUGCUGCAUCAAUUAUUGAUUAUUAGAAUCUGUUCGAUCUUUUCUGAAGUCUCUUAUAAGAAGAAAACCGUUACUGCAGCUUUUAAAAUGACCAGAAUUACAGAGGGAGCGGAGAAUACUGUGACUUUAAAGCUUUUAUCCUGUUUAAAUGAAAUGAAAUAAACACACUUCAGGUGUGAACAGAGCUGUAUUUAGAAGAGCUGAGGCGAUUAUUGAUUAGAAGUUUAGCAGAAAUGGACCCAAUACUGCAGGGAUAAUCUAUUAAUCGUUCAAAUCACUUAAAUGCUCGUUAGUGUUACAUGUGUUUGGUGUUUUUCUGUUUAAUAUGACAGAAAAAAUCAAGAUUUCAAGGUUGAUGUUUUUUUUUUUUUAGUUUCCUCCGAUGUCAGAGCCGACUGAACGACCCACUCAUUUAUUAUCUGUGAAAAACGGAUCCGUUUCAGUUUUUGUCUGAAACUUUAUGGAGGAAAUCAUGAAUGAAAAUCACUCAGACGCUCCUUUUAAAGAAAAAACUGUUUCUCUACCUUUCAUCACCCGCUGAUGAGGUUCCUUCACAGCAUGUUUGAUCGGCCAGUUUCUCCAACUGUAGACCAAAUGAUGGCACCAACUCUCCCGCUCCUCAUCCUCUUUACCUGACGUCCAGGUGUCGACUCUUCUUCACUUUUAAAGGAAACGUUUGUGAGAAUUCGGCUGAUUUUAAUCGCCUUUAAAUCAGCUGAUCGUGUCAAUCAUUUCUGCUUUUUACUGCGUCUUAUGGAAACUUUUGGAUCAUUUCUGGAGGUCUCAGCAGCUCCGUCCGUUUCUUUAUUAAAAACACACGCAGUUAUAGACAUGUGCAGAGAAAGCUUCUGUUUGACUCAUUAUGAUUUAUGAUUUAAGAUCAGAUGUUGACUGUCGUUCGGCGUUAAAGUGGUCAUGAUGUUGUUUUUUUAAAAGAUAUGGACUGAAAUAAAGGGGCAGGUAAAUUCAGGCUAGUGCGACGUCAUCUAAGGUGCCAUGACAAAAACAGGUUUAAAGUUUCAGGAAUGAACGAAAUAAAAAUCGUGUUUUUUUCCCUUUUUUAUGAGUCACUCUCAUGUAAACCAAAGCUGUUUCAGUAACUCGCUCUCUGCCAUCGUUACAGACCUUAAAAACAACCUCUGACCCCUCAGUGAAACAUGAACAGUUAUCUCCUUACAGCAGCGCUGCCAAGUUUCAGAAAAUGACGAGAGUGAGACUUCAGCGUUAUGAUGUGUUCGGUCAGCGGUGAUUUUUUUAACCUUUUUUUUAUGUUGAUUUUUACGUUAAGACUGAUGUCCUCACCUCCACGCCAGCUGCUCUCCCUAAUGCUCGUCUUAAUUAACUAGAAAUUAGAAAUGAAAAUCGUGACAAAAAUACAUUUAUUUGUUAUUUUGCGUUGUGUGUGAAAGAUAGUUAGAGAUGCCAAGACCCGAAAAAAACUCAUCGUUUCAGUUACCAAGUCGGAAAAAGCAAAAUCGGAGGCGGAAAAAGAUGGCUACAUCCAUGGAAGUUGUUUUAGUGUUUGCCGUGUCCGAAUAUAAGGCAAACGCUAGAAUAACAUUCGUAGAUGUAGCCAUCUUGUUUCCGCCUCCGAUUUUGCUUUUCUCCGACUUGGUAACUGAAACGCUGGGAACUCAGGUGUGACGUCAUUUUCAGCUCCGACUUCUCGAACGCAGCAUUCGGCACAAAGGACUGAUUGAUCGGUCUGGGAUUGGUUAUCUCAGUCAGUCAAUCAGAGUUCCUCGGACUACGGCGAGCCGAGUUUAUUGUCAUGAAACAAAUAAAUACAGAGUAUUGAACGGGGAAAAAUAGGCGUGAGAAAUGUCGUGUGGUGUGAGAACGGGUCAAAGUGCGUGACUGUCACACUCAAAGCAUGACGCUUGGCAGCUCUGUGACUGUGUUUUGUUGAACUUAAAGCUGAAAGAGAGACUCUGGUUUCGGCUCAUCAUGUCUGACAGAAAAACACAAUUUCUUCAUGGAAAUACAAUCAGACCGAGACGCUGAGACAGAAGAACUACCGCGUCUGUAAAAUGAUUAAUAUGGUGAUUAUUACUUCAAGGAAAUGAUAAAGAAAUGAUCAUAAAUGUUCUUCCUUGAGCUGCGACACCCCGCUGUAGUCCAUAAUGGACUGGCCUGAGGUCUCACUACAAACAAGCGUCUGCUGGAAGAGAGUAGGUGAGUUGUAGCAAGAAAUGAGUCAAAGUUAAAAAGAUGUUUGGUGUCUAGUACUAUGGCUGUGACCCUAUAUGUACUAACCUCAGUAGAACAUGGUGUAGUUCCGUUCAGUAACAGAACCUCAUUGGAAAAUUAGCUGAUUUAACUUUACUGUGCUCUUGUUCAAAUAUAUUAACUCAACAGCACAUAUAUCCAUACCUGUUAACAAAAUCAUGAUUUUAUUGAUAAUUCGGCUCAAUAAAAACACCUUUACCUUUUCAUUUUACUACAGUAGAAGUUUAUUGGCCCAGCUUACAGACUACAGAAGUGGAGAAACGCCCCCGCUUAAGUUUAUGUUUUCUUAGGAGUUAGAACAACUCUGAAUAUAGUACUAUGUCUGUGACCCUAUAUGUCCUGUUGAUGAAGUUAGGUGCUGUUCUGAGCAUUAUUUGUGGCUAUAGAGUGGCGUUUUGGUUGAGGGCGUGGCUCUCUGUAUUUCUAUCCUGCGGUCGUUACUAAAGUUGGUAUAACUAGAGAAACAAGCGGUCGACAACAUUCAUCUCUGGAGGGGGGGUCUAACUCUAAGUUAAUUUUACGUCGGAAUAUCCCUUUAACAGAGACCAAGACGACAGUUUUGAGAGGGAAAACUUCUCAGACGUGAACAAAGUCAGCAGAAAUAAAGAUGCACUGCUUUGUCCAGAGGGGGCGCCAACAGGAACAGGAACCAUGAAUUCCUGUUUGGAGAUGUGAGAGUUUGGAGCUUUUUGGUCACACAGGUUCUUGUACCCGGGACAGCAGGAGUGAAAGGUUGGGGUGACUGGAUCCCUCCUCUGGUCUGGGUUUGAUCCAGUAAGACCGGCCCCGCCUGGCUCGCUGCUCUGGAGCCGCUUCCACAGACAGUUUGCUGAGUCAUCAUGUGCAGAGGAGGGUUGGGGGUUUGGAGCACAUGGAGAAGGGGUUGACACACAGCGUUGGGUCCACAUUGGCCGGAUUCUCCACGCUAUGGCGCGUUGGAGUGGCUGCUGACGGGGUCUGCCCCCUCUUCUCCAUCUCCAGAACUCCAUCUGGAGCCAGUUUGUGUGUUGGGGGGGUCGUUUAGUGCUUUUAGCGAAGCUGUAAUGACGAGGGGAAGAAUGCAGUGAAGUGAGAAAACGUGAGGGUCCAUGUGAAAGGAGGCCGGUGUUGUUCAGGAGCAGGUAUGACGGGGUGAGCUCAGGUUCCUGUUACAUCUGGGCGAGAGGAGGGACGGUGCGAUGAGAUACCGAUGAUACACAUGUGUGUUGUUAUUCAGGCGGCGGUGGUCUGUCUGCGUGCUGAUUGGCUGUAACCAGAGACUCCCCUUUGAACACAAAAAACACGUGUUUUAGUUUUCAGACUGCUGCAGCGCGUUUGUGGAGAGGUGGAGCAUUUUUGGAGCGUUUCACACUGUUUGAUUGCUGUGAUUACGUGUGUGUGUGUGUGCGUGCGUGCGUGCAGGUCAUGGGUCUAGCUUUCAUCACAACAUGAGCUAGAAAUCCUCUUGUUGUUGAGCACAUGACCAACAAACUGCAACAAGGAAGUGUUCAAGUGUUGUGUGGAGAUUAGGCAGGAAUUUUGAGCUUGUGAUGUUGGAGAAUCCAGAUUACAGAAGCUCCAGACUUCUGUUCAUGUUUUCAUCAAUAAUCAUGUUUUCAUCAAUAAUCAUGUUUUCAUACAUGAUCAUGUUUUCAUCAAUAAUCAUGUUUUCAUCAAUAAUCAUGUUUUCAUCAAUAAUCAUGUUUUCAUCAAUGAUCAUGUUUAAUCAAUAAUCAUGUUUUCAUCAAUAAUCAUGUUUUCAUACAUGAUUAUGUUUUCAUACAUGAUCAUGUUUAAUCAAUGAUCAUGUUUUCAUCAAUGAUCAUGUUUUCAUACAUGAUCAUGUUUUCAUCAAUAAUUAUGUUUUCAUCAAUAAUCAUGUUUUCAUACAUGAUUAUGUUUUCAUCAAUAAUCAUGUUUUCAUACAUGAUCAUGCUUAAUCAAUGAUCAUGUUUUCAUCAAUAAUCAUGUUUUCAUACAUGAUCAUGUUUAAUCAAUGAUCAUGUUAAAUCAAUGAUCAUGUUUUCAUAUAUACUCAUGUUUUAAUCAAUGAUCAUGUUUUAAUCAAUGAUUAUGUUUUCAUCAGUACUCAUGUUUUCAUCAAUAAUCAUGUUUUCAUACAUGAUUAUGUUUUCAUCAAUAAUCAUGUUUUCAUACAUGAUCAUCUUUUCAUCAAUAAUCAUGUUUUCAUACAUGAUCAUGUUUUCAUAUAUACUCAUGUUUUAAUCAAUGAUCAUGUUUUAAUCAAUGAUUAUGUUUUCAUCAAUAAUCAUGUUUUCAUACAUGAUCAUGUUUUCAUCAAUAAUCAUGUUUUCAUCAAUAAUCAUGUUUUCAUCAAUGAUCAUGUUUUCAUAUAUACUCAUGUUUUAAUCAAUGAUCAUGUUUUAAUCAAUAAUCAUGUUUUCAUACAUGAUUAUGUUUUCAUCAAUGAUCAUGUUUUAAUCAAUGAUUAGGUUUUCAUCAAUAAUCAUGUUUUCAUACAUGAUUAUGUUUUCAUCAAUAAUCAUGUUUUAAUCAAUACUCAUGUUUUCAUACAUGAUCAUGUUUUAAUCAAUGAUCAUGUUUUAAUCAAUGAUCAUGUUUAAUCAAUAAUCAUGUUUUCAUCAGUGAUCAUGUUUCUCUAAAUACGGAGCUCGUUGGAAAAUGAUAUUUUAGUCUAAAUGUGAAUUGAUUCCUGGAAACCUUUUUAAAAAAUGGUCAUAAAUGUUAUUUAGUGCGACUUCAGUCAAACUCAGAUGUUUACAUCCAUCGAUCUUCUUCUUCUUAUCCGGGGUUGGGUUGGACUUCUCUCUCCUGGACACGUCGUCCAGUUCUUCACCAGGAGACCCCGAGGAUUUUCUUCCCCGUUGUCUUUUACCGGUGAGGCGUCCAGGAUUCAUCUUGGAUUCCCCAAACCGCCUCCUCUGACUCCUCCCAUCGUGAAGGAGCAGCAGCUCGACUCUGAGCUCCUCCUGAUGACCGAGCUUCUCUGAAGGAGAGCCCAGAAACCCUGAGGAGGAACCUCAUUUCAGUCGCUCGUACCCGUGAUCUUGUUCUUUGGGUCAGUACCUACAGCUGAUGACCGUAGGUGAGGGUAGGAACGUAGACCGACCAGUAUAGACCAGUGUAGACCAGUAUAGACCGGUAUAGACCGGUAUUGGAGAGCUUUACCUCUUCACCUCCACAGACCUGUGCAGCCCUCACCCAGGACUACAGACCUACAUAAUCAGCGUCUGUGGGCAGAGUUGGACCGUGGCGUCUGUGCUCCGAUACGACUGACCAGUCUGCAGUCAACGACCCGAGCUUUGAGGGAUUAUUCUGAUUGAUCACAGAUUAGAUAUGAUUUGAUUAGCUGAAGGGUUGGCUGAGGACACAGAGAUUAGAUAUUUCUAUAUUUUCACAUAGAUUCACAAGAAUGUGUUUUUCAUGUAUUUGGUGAGUUUAUAAUCUGUUAGAUUAUUGGCGUUAAAGAAGAACAGGAGACGUCUGAGGUGAAAAUAACCCCGCCCCCUUUUUCUGUCGUGUUUUUUUACAUUGACGUGAAAAACGGUUCUUUACAUUUAAAGCAGGCGGUGACCCCGACCCUCCCCCUCAUUAACCUUAUUUUUAUAUGAACAGAAACAGACUGAGCAGAUCUGAAAUCAUCAGGAAAUCUGAAUAUUAUGGGAUGGAAAUAGAAAACAGCGACAGGCUGUCAGCUGAUCAUCAUUAAUGUGUCAGUAUGUCCUUUAAAAACACAGCAGUGAGUCAUUACUACAAGCUCCAGGUCAUGACUAUGAAUAGGAAGUGUGUGUGUGUGUGUGUGUGUGUGUGUGUGUGUGUGUGUGUGUGUGUGUGUGUGUGUGUGUGUGUGUUAGUGGCACCGUCUCUCACACACACGCGUCAGUCUCUCUGAACAUUAAAUACUAAAACCUUGUUUAUUCAGUCGUUUGCGUAUUAACUGUAUCCUGCUUCGUUCUGAACAUGUCCACACAGAGGCUCUACACACACACACACACACACAUACACACAAACACACACACACACACGCUCUGUUGCCCGUGGCGUCUGAACACUCAGUCCUGAGCAGCUGCUCGGCGUUGAGUUCAGGUUAGUGUGACGUCGACUCCCUCCUCGCUCUGAGGCUGAUCUUUACUGUCCCUGUGGAGCAGGUUUGAUGUUUUUUAAUUUCAACAUCUAGUUUCUCUAACUCUAUAUUAUCAUUAUCAUAACUAGAUGCUGCUCUGCUGGAGAACAGGAGAUGGUGAGAAUUAGUCUUUACCUGAGUGAAGGAGUUCAUGAAUCUGGGGUCGAGUUCAUGGAUGUGGUCUCAGUUGUUGAAGCAGGUGACGUGCGGACUGUUGUCGACCGCUUGCUUCUCUAGUUAUACCAACUUUAGUAACGACCGCAGGAUAGAAAUACAGAGAGCCACGCCCUCAACCAAAACGCCACUCUAUAGCCACAAAUAAUGCUCAGAACAGCACCUAACUUCAUCAACAGGACAUAUAGGGUCACAGACAUAGAACUUUAUUCAGAGUUGUUCUAACUCCUAAGAAAACAUAAACUUAAGCGGGGGCGUUUCUUCACUUCUGUAGUCUAUAAGCUGGGCCAAUAAACUUCUACUGUAGUAAAAUGAAAAGGUAAAGGUGUUUUUAUUGAGCCGAAUUAUCAAUAAAAUCAUGAUUUUGUUAACAGGUAUGGAUUUAUGUGCUGUCGAGUUAGUAUAUUUGAACAAGAGCACAGUAAAGUUAAAUCAGCUAAUUUUCCAAUGAGGUUCUGUUACUAAACAGAACUGCACCAUGUUCUACUGAGGUUAGUACAUAUAGGGUCACAGCCAUAGUACUAGACACCAAACAUCUUUUUAACUUUGACUCAUUUCUUUAGCAAAGACACUAAACACAACUCACCUACUCUCUUCCAGCAGACGCUUGUUUGUAGAGAGACCUCAGGACAGUCCAUUACAGACUACAGCGGGGUGCCGCAGCUCAAGGAAGAACAUUUAUGAUCAUUUCUUCAUGGAAAUACAAUCAGACCGAGACGCUAAGACAGAAGAACUACCGCGUCUGUAAAAUGAUCAAUAUGAUGAUUAUUACUUAAGGGAAAUGAUAAAGAACUCGGUGUGUUUGACCCUAAAUUAUUUUGGCGUUAAAGAAGAGCAGGAGGAGACAAACUGACCUUCUCCAGGCUGUGAAGUAGAUUCUUUAAAGCUUUGUCCUGGACACCUACUUGCGCGGAUAUCUGCCCCUUGACCUGUAGGGGAUGAGGACUGAGAACUUCAGUCUUAUCUGAUAUCUCCUCAGACUUGGUGAAACCGUUUUUUUCACAGGACUGUUCUCCUGAAAACUCCGGACAUUGUCGAGGUCGGGUCAUGUGAUCAGCGACCCUUUAUUUGGUCAUUUCCUGUUCUUGAACUCUAACCUUGUGAUCGGUGAGUUCCUGUUAAGCCUCUUGUAGGAAAAGCGCCGUGAGAGAUUGAAGAACCAGAUGUACUCGGCGCCGCCUGAUGUAACAGGAGCGUCUCUAAUCCGAUUUGACAGCAGACAUCCGGAUCAGGGAGACCUCUUUAGACCAGGGUCUGAAGGUUUUCACGAACCGGGUCAGGUUUUUAGUUUUAAUCAUCUCUGAGGACGGACUGUUUGUCCUAAGACGAAACUUCUGUUAAAUCACGUCAAAGCGUCCGUGGACUUCUCCGUUGGUACGACUCGCCGCAUGUGUGGACAGGAAGUUCCCAUGAUGGUCAGAUGAUAAGCUCGAUUAAUACCUGGUUCGAUGUUCCAAUGAAGCUCGAUAAUCUCAGGAUGUUUUAAAUGAACACAGAAAUUCAGGAAAUACAAACAAAAACCUUUUGUGACGUUUAACUCGAACUUGUCGGAUUGAAGUUUCUACAAACCUGAAGCUUUUUAAAAACGUGAACUGAUGAACUAUGAAGAGUUAUUUUUAAAUCAUUCUUGUUUCUCUACCUGAACUUCAAAUUAAUAAUGUACCAAAAAAAAAAUCUGUUUCUAAUGGAGUCAGGGACGUUUCAGUCUUCUUUACCUGCUGCAGACUUGGACGUGUUUUUGGGUUGAAAAGGACAUUUUACGGGACCUGUUUGAGACACUGACUCCGCCUACUUUUCGCCUGAGACAGGAAAAAGAGGCGGAGCUAACGUGUGUUUGGUAAACAGCUCCAGCAUCUCAUUUUCCAAAUCUGGUCCUAAAUCUCAGAUUAAAUAGAGACGAAAACAUUUGAAGUGAGUUUGUUUUUAACUGGGAUGUUGAGUGGGAUUACACUUCUGUGAGCUGGUUUGAGUUUACAGAUUUGGUUUACGGACAAAAAGUCAUAAUAAUAUAAAAAAACCAGAGAGGUCAUUUCCUAUAAAAAGAUCUAAAGAAGAAACAGAAAAGGAGACACCCACCAAGUCUCCUUUCACUGUUACGCAGACCACACACAGAUUUACCGACCCUUCCUGUGAGACCUGAGGAUCCAGGAGGUCUGUCUGCUGUCAUGGACGUCUGAGUGACGUUAACAGAAAAUUUCCUUCAUCCAAAUUAUUCAAAAUCACACAAAACUCCCCCCGCAUCUCGGUCCACAUUCAGCAAUCAUCAAACCAAGAAAUCUGGGAGUAACCUUCGAUUCAGACCCCGCCUUCUCCACCCACAUCAACAAGAUCGUCCGGUCCUGCUUUUUCACCUGCGUUCAGUUUUAAAGAUGAAACAAAUCCUCACCCCACCAGAUCUUAAAAUAAUAAUCCAUGUUUUCAUUUUCUCAUGUUGGACUUCUGUAACUCUCUCCUCCCUCCUCAGACCGGUUCAGAACGCAGCAGCUCGGCGUUUAACUGUUUUUAGUCGACGGCGUCACAUCGGUCCAGUUUUAUCCUCCCUUCACUGACUUCCUGUCAGUUUUAGAAUUGAUUUUAAGAUUUUAUCGAUCACUUUUAAAGCUCUCAAAGGACUCUCUCCGAGCUCCAUUUCAGAGCUUUUACUACCUUCUGAGUAAAACUCUCAGAUCCUCUGGUGAAGUCCUCCUGGUCGUUCCAAAGUCUCCAAACUAAAGCUGAUCGAUCUUUGUCCAUCAGAGCUCCUCGACUUUGGAACGACCUUCAGAGGAGAGAAGGAGAACAGCAGAGACAGACGCUUCUUUAAAAACUCACGUCUUUUAUCUCUUUUAUUGAUUUUAUUGUUUUUUCCUGUUAUUUCAUUUUAUCAUUUCUAUUACCAUCAUUAUUAUUUUGCUAUGUCAUUAUUAAUAUCGUCUUUGUAUGUUUACUUUCCUGUUUCCUGUUUUCUACCCCCUUUUUUACUAACGUAUUUUUCGCCCUAUAAGGCGCACCAUAAACGAACGCGUCUAUUUUCAUCCGUAAAGUUCACCGGAUUAUAAAGCGCAUUAAGACAAACGAAACAGUCAAAUCAGUCAAACUUUAUUCAACUCAUUCAAUAACUCAGCGAGGCUACGGCAGCUGCAGUUCUCCGACAAACCACAAGGGUUUGAAGUGCGCCUUAUAGUGCGAAAAAUACGGAACAUUUCUUCUUUGACCUAUUUAAUGUUUUUAUUUUGGUCCUCAUGGUCUCUCUUUGUGUUGUAGGGUUCUUGUAUUUUCUGGGUUCCUUACGAAAAAUGAAAUUGGCCUUUAAUCAGAGUUUUUUUUUUAAAUUUGUUUGUAUUUUCAUGUUCUGAGCUUCACGACUGUUUGUCGAAGAACUUUAUAAACUCCUGUUUUUAAAAGUGAUGGAAAAAUAAAGUUAUUAUUAUUAUUACAGAUAAAUCACAGCCUGUCAGGACUUUUCCCUGUAGAGAUUUGUGACUCUAAAUGUCUCCAAAAGUCCAUGAUCAAAAACUGAACCAGAUCCUCAGACCAUCAGAGGAGACCAUCAUCUCAGGUCUCAGACCACCUGUCACCUGUUCAGAGUCAAAGGAAGACACUGAAGCAACAAGUCCGUCUGUUCUGGGUUCAUCAGCGACCCCGGACCCUCUCCCUCUGACAGAUAACCAGUCAGGAAAUUAAAAAAGCGCGGCGGUGAGCGAGAGGCGUCUGCAUCGUCACUGACAGAUAAAGCGGUUUAUUGAACCCCGGACGACUGAGAAAUGCAAUAAAGCAACAACAGGAAGGAGCGAAUGGGAGCAGAGCUAUAAUUAGACUGUGAGGAUGUUUGCCUGAGAGAAACAACACGAGUCGACGAUAAAGAGAGAGAGAGGAGCAGGUGAGAGGGGCAGGUCAGCGUCCAGGUGGUUUCCAUCCGUCCGUCAUCGCAGAGACGGAGAGUGACGCCCGUUUAACAAAACAAAAACCCUGUUUGGUUUAUCCGGCUCAAGACAAACGGCACAUAAACAGAGCCAAAGUCGAUUUAUUAUAAAUAAACAACUUAGAAAUGGAAACUGUGGAUAAUCUGGAUAAUCUGUUAUUCUGGAUUAGGACAGACGGAGCGAAGACUUUAAAACGAUGAAAAAUCAAAUUCACAUGUUUUUAUUCAGAGUAAGUUUGUAUGUGGAUUAAAUUAAAGUGAUUUAAAGGAUCAGAAUAAACUCAGAGUUUGUGAAGCUGGACUAACUGAGACACAGACUGAAAACAAAGACUCAAGUUUUCAAUGAUCGGUUUGUUUACUCGUCUUUAUCUCUGUGACUCUGAAACCAUCGCCCUAAUAACCGACUCACUCUUCCUCCCGCAGACGUGCUGAACGACGCCAUUUUCGACGAGGACCACGACGAGAUGGUGAUCGUCAAAGACAUCGACAUGUUCUCCAUGUGCGAGCAUCACCUGGUGCCCAUCUUCGGCAGGGUGAGAGACACGAAAAACACACCGAGUUCCCAGCAGCUGGUAUCUGAUGAUGGGGGGGGGCACACCAGAUAUUAGACAGGGACAGAACGGAUGGACGUUACCGGAACAUGUAGAUAUGAUCAGCUGACAUGUUUGUGCAGAGCGGUUCCUGUCAGAGGCUGAUGGAGUGGACCCAGACAUGAGUCAGAGCUCCGGUUUCAGAUUCAUGUUCAAUUCACAGGAAA